UUAUUAAUCACGUGACUCCCCGCCCAUCUCUUACUACAUAACACCCAUGCUACAUAAGCCCCACUUUAUGAACCACUUACAUUGGACUCUGCCCAAAGACUGCACUCCCUUUUCACUGAACUCCUUUUAAACACAAUCUGAGCCACGAGUGUGUUCAAAAAUCAUGUCGUUUUACAGGAACGCCGUCUGGUUUGUGAAAGGACUCCAGGAGUAUACAAAGAGUGGCUACGAAGCUGCAGCUAAGCAUUUUGUCCCUGCAGACCUGGAUGUGAACCUGAGUGGGAGGUCCUUCAUGAUCACAGGAGCUAACAGUGGGAUAGGUAAAGCCACUGCGCAGGAAAUAGCCAGCAGAGGAGGAACAAUUCACAUGGUUUGUCGAAACAAGGGGCGAGCAGAAGCGGCCAAAGAGGAAAUUGUGGAACAGAGUAAAAAUCAGAACGUUCACGUCCACAUUGUUGACAUGUCCAGCGCCAGACAGGUUUGGGAGUUUGCCCAGAACUUCUCACAGAGCAACACGGUGCAUGUUCUGAUCAACAACGCCGGCUGUAUGGUGAACCAGAGAGAGUUAACUGAGGAGGGUUUGGAGAAGAACUUCGGUACAAAUACCCUUGGUACCUACAUCCUCACCGCAGCGCUGUUACCUGCGCUCAAGAAGGUGGAAGACCCGAGAGUGGUUACCGUGUCGUCGGGCGGGAUGCUCACACAGAAGCUGAACGUGGACGACCUGCAGUUUGAGAAGGGGACGUUUGACGGCACCAUGGCCUACGCGCAGAACAAAAGACAGCAGGUGAUUCUGACAGACAGAUGGGCGUCUCAGCACAAAGAGAUCCACUUCUCCUGCAUGCACCCGGGCUGGGCCGACACACCAGCUGUCCAGACGUCCAUGCCUUCGUUCCACGCUAAGAUGCAGUCCAAACUGAGGACGGAGGCGAUGGGCGCCGACACCGCCGUGUGGCUCGCUGUGUCUGCAGCCGCCGCCAAGCAGCCGAGUGGACUCUUCUUCCAGGAUCGUAAAGCAGUGGCGACCCACCUCCCUCUGGCCUCCUCUCGGUCCUCCCCGCAGGAGGAGGAGAAGCUGCAGGCGGCUCUGGAGGAGUUCGCCCUCAAGUUCAAACCUUAAUAUCUCUGUAAACGCACUUAUUAAACCAAGCACUCCUCAAUCAUCACCAAUGUUUACAUAAUGGCUUUUUUAAUGUACAGGACGUUUAUUUUUUACUCUUUUUAAUGAUGGUUGAAGAACAAAACAGCUCAAAAGCCAAGUACAGUGUUGUUGGGAGUUUAAUCAACUAAAUCAAACUAGAAGGAAAAUGUACAUCUUUAAACACACUAAAUAUAACAUGCUUUAUACUGCAUUCAUCAAGUCGACUGGGAGAUAUUUAUCAAGCAGGAAUAUAAUAAUGCUAAAUGUUAUUUGUAAAUUAAAUAUAUUUAAACUCUU